AGAGCGACACCACAGCGGAGGAGGAGAGAAGAGAGCAGGAAAGAAAAACGAGAUCCCACGAAGUCUUUGGAGUAUGAACAGACUUACAUUUGCGGUUUUCCUCUUGGCACUGGGCUUUCUUGUCUGCGAAGGGGGUAACCCAUGUUGCUCAGAGCCAUGCCAGAACAGGGGCGUUUGCACAGCGCUUGGAGCAGAUGAAUAUGAGUGUGACUGCACACGAACAGGAUAUCAUGGACAAAACUGCACAACACCUGAAUUCCUCACCUGGGUCAAAUUCUUCCUGAAGCCAUCACCCAACACCGUCCACUACCUUCUCACCCACUUCAAGGGCUUCUGGAACAUCAUCAACAACAUCUCAUUUCUCAGGGAUGCCAUCAUGAGAUAUGUACUGACAUCCCGAUCCCACUUCAUUGACAGUCCUCCAACUUUCAAUGCGGAUUACGGUUACAAAAGCUGGGAAGCCUAUUCCAACCUUUCCUACUAUACGCGCACCCUCCCCCCUGUUGCAGAGGAUUGCCCAACCCCAAUGGGAGUAGCAGGUAAAAAGGAGCUACCUGAUGCUAAGCUUUUGGCUGAGAAGCUUCUCAUGAGAAGACAGUUUAUCCCCGACCCACAGGGCACCAGCCUGAUGUUUGCAUUCUUCGCACAGCAUUUUACCCACCAGUUCUUUAAAUCUGAUAUGAAGAAAGGACCUGCUUUUACCGUAGCUAAAGGUCAUGGGGUGGACCUCAGCCACAUUUAUGGAGACAACCUGGAAAGGCAACACAAGCUCAGACUCAUGAAGGAUGGCAAGCUUAAAUAUCAGAUCCUGGAUGGUGAGGUGUAUCCCCCAACAGUAAAGGAAGUGGGUGUCGACAUGCACUACCCUCCUCAUGUUCCAGACUCUCACCGCUUCGCUGUGGGCCAUGAGGCGUUUGGCCUGGUCCCUGGUCUGAUGAUGUAUGCCACCAUCUGGCUGCGGGAGCACAACCGAGUUUGUGAUGUGUUGAAAGAGGUCCACCCCGACUGGGACGAUGAGAGACUUUUCCAGACCACACGGCUGAUUCUGAUUGGUGAGACCAUCAAGAUUGUGAUCGAGGACUACGUGCAGCACCUGAGCGGCUAUCACUUUAAACUCAAGUUCGACCCCGAGCUGCUGUUCAACCAGCGCUUCCAGUACCAGAACCGCAUCGCAUCCGAGUUCAACACCCUGUACCACUGGCACCCUCUGAUGCCUGAUAGCUUCCACAUUGAGGAGACAGAUUACAACUAUAAACAGUUUGUCUUCAACACAUCUGUUGUGACCGAGCAUGGCAUAAACAACCUUGUGGAGUCGUUUACCAAGCAGAUUGCUGGACGGGUUGCCGGUGGCCGAAAUGUCCCAGGACCUAUCAUGUACGUGGCCAUUAAGUCUAUUGAAAACAGCAGACAAAUGCGCUACCAGGGUCUGAACGCCUACAGGAAACGAUUCUCCAUGAAGCCCUACUCCUCUUUUGAAGACAUGACAGGAGAGAAAGAAAUGGCCGCGGUGCUUGAGGAUUUCUACGGGCACAUUGACGCUGUGGAGCUGUACCCAGGUCUGCUGGUGGAGAAACCUAGACCUAACUCUAUCUUUGGAGAGACCAUGGUGGAGAUGGGCGCCCCAUUCUCCCUCAAGGGCUUAAUGGGAAAUCCAAUCUGCUCCCCAGAGUACUGGAAGCCGAGCACAUUCGGAGGCACCGUGGGCUUCGACAUCAUCAACACCGCCUCCCUGCAGAAGCUCGUCUGCAAUAAUGUCCAGGGACCCUGUCCCGUGGCAUCCUUUCAUGUGCCAGACAUUAAAGAGACGGGGUCCAUGGUCAUCAACUCAAGUACAUCACACUCACGCGGGAAUGACAUCAACCCCACAGUCAUUUUGAAAAAAAGGACUACUGAGCUCUAAUUUUUUCAUUUUAUUAUUUUUUUCUAAAAG